GACAUCGAUAAGGAGCUCAGUCCUGCUGCAGCGGGUGGGGAUUUUACAGCCAAUCGGACGUGCUGGCCAUGAGCGGCGGAUGUCCUUUGCUUCGCAGAUUCGUGCAUCUGGGCAGGCCGAGUACGACCACGAUGCCAUCAUUGCCCGAGAGCGCAACAGCGAUAGUCAUUUUUCCCACCAACGAGCACAUCCUAUUUGGCGCAUGGCCACCGAGCGGCAGCAACUGCAGCAGUGGAAGGACAAAGGAGCGAAGAAUGGGCAGCGCCGCCGCUGCUGACUAUGGUUCAUGUGACAUGGGUGGAGCGCCAGCAGCGGUAGUGCAUAUCAACACAUUACCCACACGCCAAUCUCAACAUGUCGGUGAUUAUCAGCCAGUCGAUUCCCAGCUGCAUCGACGGCGUUCAGCGACUUUUUUAUUUUUUGUGCGCGCGGCAUUUGCCAUGACAAUUUUUUUUUUUGGCGCACAUGGCCAUUGCAGCUGCACAUGUCUUUUUCACCGCAGUGACAUGGGCUGCCUUUAUUUCGGUGCUCGAUUGCCAGCGCUUAUUUUCGCUGUAUCCCGACCACUUUCAACGCAUGCGUCUGCAGAGUAGUGUGAAGGAUAGACAAUAAAUUCGGCGCGCACCGGU